CCUUACCCAUUCGAAACCGGACGCUCCCGGAUCCACCUCCAAAGUCCAAAAGCGAAUCCCACGAGCGCCGCAACGGCGAAACCAUCGGAACCCUAGAUCUCUCGCGCCCGAGCUCCAGAACCCUAGAUCCGCCAUGCACCAGCCCAGAGCCCGCUACCCGCCCGGCUACGGCUCCGGCGGCGGUGGACGUGGCGGCGGAGGCGGCAACGGAGGAGGAGGCGGCGGAAAUCACAACUACUACGGCCGAAACCCGCAGCCGCAGCCGCACCACCACCAACACUACCACCACCAGCAGCCGCCGCCGCAGCAACAACCGCAGCAGCACGCGCAUAGGAACUCCUCGCAUCAGCAUCAGCAGUGGUUGCGGCGAGACCAGGGCCACGCCUCCGCCGCGGGGUCUGGAGAUGCUGCGGGGAGGACGGCGGCGCAGCUUGACGCCGUAGACUCGAGUUCUCAAGAUUGGAAGGCGCAAUUGAAUAUACCAGCUCCGGAUACACGCUAUAGGACUGAGGAUGUCACUGCAACAAAAGGCAAUGAGUUUGAAGAUUAUUUUUUGAAACGUGAGCUGCUUAUGGGAAUCUAUGAAAAGGGCUUUGAAAGGCCAUCCCCUAUUCAAGAAGAAAGCAUUCCGAUUGCACUGACUGGAAGUGAUAUUCUUGCAAGAGCAAAAAAUGGCACUGGGAAGACUGCUGCAUUUUGCAUUCCAGCACUUGAAAAAAUUGAUCCCGAGAAAAAUGCCAUUCAAGUUGUUAUACUGGUACCAACAAGGGAACUGGCUCUGCAGACUUCUCAAGUCUGUAAGGAGCUCGGGAAGUACCUGAACAUUCAAGUUAUGGUCAGCACUGGUGGAACCAGCUUGAAGGAUGACAUCAUGCGUUUAUACCAACCUGUUCAUUUACUUGUUGGGACUCCUGGCCGUAUACUGGAUCUUACCAGGAAGGGCAUUUGUGUGCUGAAAGAUUGUUCAAUGCUUGUCAUGGAUGAGGCCGACAAGCUAUUAGCUCCAGAGUUCCAGCCUUCUGUAGAGGCACUUAUUCAUUUCCUUCCACCUAGUCGGCAACUGUUGAUGUUUUCGGCAACCUUUCCUGUUACUGUCAAGGAAUUCAAAGAGAAAUACCUGCCUAAACCUUACGUUAUUAAUCUUAUGGAUGAACUGACGCUGAAAGGAAUCACUCAAUACUAUGCUUUUGUCGAAGAAAGACAGAAAGUUCAUUGCCUGAACACACUUUUCUCUAAGCUUCAAAUUAAUCAAUCCAUUAUAUUCUGCAACUCUGUUAAUAGAGUUGAGCUACUGGCUAAGAAAAUAACUGAACUUGGUUAUUCUUGCUUCUACAUUCAUGCUAAGAUGUUGCAAGACCACAGAAACCGAGUGUUUCAUGAUUUUCGCAAUGGUGCUUGCAGAAACCUUGUGUGUACAGAUCUGUUUACCAGAGGAAUUGACAUCCAAGCUGUUAAUGUGGUCAUUAAUUUUGACUUCCCCAAGACCUCCGAGACAUACUUGCACAGGGUUGGUCGUUCUGGUCGAUACGGACACCUUGGUUUGGCAGUGAACUUGAUCACUUAUGAGGAUCGUUUCAACUUGUAUAGGAUUGAGCAAGAACUCGGAACAGAAAUUAAGACAAUACCCCCACAAAUCGACCUGGCUGUGUAUUGCCAAUGAUCAACGCUGCAGUUUCAGAAGCAUCAAUGCAUUCUUUUUUCAUGAAAAACUUGUCAGGCAAUUACAGAUGUACAUAGCACCCAUCAAGGUUCGUUUUGGUGCCUUGGUGAUGUUUCUAAGCUUACUUCGAGUAGUAGAGGAAGGGUUUCCUGUCGGCACUGAUACCAUUCAGUUUAACUGAGGGCAUGCACACUGGGCUUGCUUGGAAGGUCCGGAACAUCGAUCAGAGAAAACAUCUCUUACUUAAUAGAUCCUAUUAACAUUUUCAUUGUACUUGUUUGCUUGUCCAAGUUCCUCUUGAUUCGUCAGCUGUUUUCAUUUUCUUUCCUUCUGCUAUGACACAUGGAUAUUUUUUUCUUAGCCAGCUUAUUUUGUGUUAAUUUUGAUUUUUUUUCUUGGCCUAUACGGUUGCCUCUAAAUUAUUUUGUGUUCCUUCUUUUUAA